UUCUUGGAUACGAACAAGCUCGCAUUGUCGCCGCCGUCGCUGCCGCUGUCGUCGUCGUCGUCAACAUGGCAUCCCUGAGAAAUGGAGGUGCCACUGUGGUUAUGGGUGCUCAGUGGGGUGAUGAAGGCAAGGGAAAGCUCGUCGAUGUUCUCGCCUCCGAUGCCGAUGUCGUUGCCCGCUGUGCUGGCGGAAACAACGCCGGCCACACCAUUGUCGCCAACGGAGCCAAGUUUGACUUUCAUCUCCUGCCUUCGGGUCUUGUAAACCCCAACUGCGUCUCGGUGAUCGGCAACGGCGUUGUCGUCCAUCUCCCCUCGUUCUUCUCGGAACUGGAGAACAACGAAAAGAAGGGCCUGAAUGCCGAUGGCCGUCUUUUUGUCUCCGACCGUGCCCAUCUUGUCUUUGACUUCCAUCAGGUCGUCGAUGGCCUCCGCGAGGCCGAGCUCGGCGGCUCCAGUCUCGGCACUACCCGCAAGGGCAUCGGACCGACCUACUCGUCCAAGUCGUCGCGCUCGGGUCUGCGUGUCCACCACCUCUACAACUGGGAGGAGUUUGAGGCCAAGUAUCGAACUACCCUCGCCAACAAGCAGAAACGCUACGGCAACUUUGAACACGACGCUGAUCAAGAGCUGGCUAAGCUGAAGCAACUUGCCGCCCGUAUCCGUCCGUAUGUCAUCGACACCAUCCCAUACAUCCACAAGGCCCUUGCCGAGAAGAAGCGUGUCCUGGUCGAGGGUGCCAACGCUCUCAUGCUUGAUCUUGAUUUCGGCACCUACCCCUUUGUCACGUCCUCGAGCACCACCGUUGGUGGCGUCUGCACCGGUCUUGGUAUUCCUCCCACCAAGAUCGACAAGGUCAUUGGUGUCGUCAAGGCCUACACCACCCGUGUCGGCGCUGGCCCCUUCCCCACCGAGCUCCUGGAUGACAUUGGCAACCAUCUGCAGUCCGUCGGUGUCGAAUACGGCGUUACCACCGGCCGCCGCCGCCGCUGUGGCUGGCUUGAUCUUGUCGUGAUGAAGUACUCGUGCAUGAUCAAUGGCUACACCACCCUCAACAUCACCAAGCUCGACGUUCUCGACCAGCUUCCUGAGAUCAAGGUUGCCGUGGCCUACCACUACGAGGGCAAGAAGCUCGACAGCUUCCCUGCCGAUCUCACGCUCCUGAGCAAGGUUGAUGUCGAGUACAUUACCCUCCCCGGAUGGAAGCAGGACAUCUCUGCUUGCAGAACCUUCGAAGCGCUCCCGUUGAAUGCUCAGCUCUACAUCAAGAAGGUCGAGGAGAUUCUGGAGACUCCAGUUGAAUGGAUCGGCGUUGGCCCCGCUCGCGACGCUAUGAUUCGUCGCCAGGUCUAACUCGUUGGCAGUGCAAGCUCUGGCGUCUGCUGUAAACUGGCCCCGAUUGUACCAUCCCCAUCCGAUGAGAGCUUCCGAACAACCCUCUCUUGUCGAUCAUCCAUGGCAUGAGAGGAGGAGACCCUCGAUGCCAUUAUCGCACUAAAAUAUAACGGCGUUGCUUUUGUGUAUGUGA